AUGAUUUGUCAUAUGAAACAUAUCUUUGUGUGGAUUUUUCUUAUACCCCAACCAACAGAUGGCGGAAGUGUGACAUGGCAUGAACCUACUCCCGCUUGGACAACAUCAGAUCCAGCUGAAUUACUUCCUCCUGGCAUUAUACAGGUUUAUGACGGAUCUUCUGUCACGCUGAACUGGAACUACAGUCUGACGCUAGGUCUAGUUUUUGGUGCCAUAAAAUUCAACAGUGAUGGUAUAGUCAUUAUUCAAGGGGAUGGUUCAGCUGGUCCUCUUACAGCUCAAUUUCAGAAACGGUUCAAUGUAAGCUCAACUUCAGGAAGAGCUUCUCUGUUUAUCUCUCCUGUGACUGUUGCUGACGAUAAGUCUUUGGGAGAAUUUAGGUGUGAGUUAAUUGACUCCACGGCUACUACUUGGAAACGAGCAAUUCAAGUGCAAGUCAUAGUUCCAUUAAGUAUCACUGGGAUUAGAGGUAAAACAACUGUUCUUGAAGGGGACAAUUUGCAGUUAAUCUGUGAAGCAUCGAGUCGAGAAGAACCAAAGAUCACUUGGACCAAAGAGAAGACAGUGAACCAAGGAAAUACUGUUGUGGUGCAAGAAGGAAAGGUGCUGACCAUAGCAAACAUUAACAGGACUGAUGUAGGAAAAUAUACUUGUACAGCAGACAAUGGCUUUGGUAAACCAGAGGAUCAAACAGUUUAUGUGAAUGUUACUUAUCCACCAAAGAUUGUUGAUUUUCAACAUGAGUAUAUGGUUGGUGUACAACAAAGUCUAACUCUUAGCUGUGAAGCAGAAGGGAACCCUCCACCUACUUACACUUGGACUCCAUGUGACCCAGAACAAGUUUGUGACAAGGAUACUCUUCAUAUUUCACAAGUCCUUAAUGAUGCCAACUUUACUUUCAGAGUGGCCAAUGUAUAUGGAGAUGAUUCAAAAACUGCCACUGUUUACAUUGGAGGAAAUGUGAUUAACAUAACUAUUGUCAUCACAAGUGAGAUAUGUAUAGAUGGAAAAUACAACCAAUCCUUAUUACUGGAGAAAUUAAAAAAACCACUUGAGGAGGCUUUUGCUGAUAAACCUGGCUAUGAAGGAGUGCAGUUGAUAGGUGUGAGGUGUGGAAGUAUCAUUGUUGACCUUGCACUGAAAUUCAACUCCUCUGCAAAGGAACGAGAUGUUAUCAUAACACUCAAUGACACUGUGAAAGAUGGAAAGCUGGGAGAGUUAAGUGUUGCAGCCAUAAAAGGGAAAACACCUGAUGUGGAACCAACAGGUGGAGGUGCCACAUCACCACUUGACAGGUCCCAUGGGGAGUCUUUAGAGCUUCCAAGUGAGACAAAAACAGGUGCCAUAGGUAUUGUUGUCGGUGCAGUGUUUGGAUCAGUUGCUGCACUGGCUGUUGCCGGAGUAUUAGUUUGGUGGACUUGCAGGAAAAAGAGGCACAACAGGAAAAGCAAUGAAGAGGUGGGGAUGAGCAGAAGAACAUUUGGAAAUUCAAGUAAUGAAACAGGAGGAAGUACUAAUAUUGCAGUCGAAUUGCCUAAACCUUCUCAAAGCCAUUACAUGGGACUGGAUGACAGAACUCGUUCACAAGUGAUAGCAGAUGCCAGUCCACUCAGCACUGAACAAAUCAGCGAGUACGCUUCUCUUAAUUUAUACACACGCUCCUGGGAGAUUCCUCGAGAACAUGUGACGAUAAAGCAGAUCGUUGGAAAAGGUGCUUUUGGUCAGGUUGCCAAGGCAACAGCCGUUAAUCUACAAGGAAGAGCCGAGAAGACGCUCGUAGCAGUCAAAAUGUUGAAAGAAAAAGCAUCUGAAUCAGAGAGAAAGGACUUGCUGUCUGAACUUGAACUGAUGAAACAACUUAAACCUCAUCGUUACGUUAUCAAACUUUUGGGAUGCGUUACCAAGUGGAGCUACGGAGUUCUCCUCUAUGAGAUUUUCACGAUUGGUGGUUCACCGUAUCCACGAAUGGAUGGAAGAAAAAUUGCAAACUUACUUCAAGAGGGAUACAGAAUGCCUAAACCACAACAUGUGGAUGAUAAGUUGUAUGACUUUAUGACAAAAUGUUGGAAAGAUGACCCUAACUUGAGACCAUCUUUUGAGAAGUUGAGAAACAAACUCAAAGAAAUGGAAAACCAGCACAAGGGGCUGAUAAACUUAAAAAAUUACGAUGAUCGACUCUACGUUAAUGUUGACGAUCUUGCUGUGUGAGCGAGUGAUUUCUCCUACAGGAAGGGAUGGAGUAAUGGAUAUUGGAGCCCUAUGACACCAUCUUUUAUUUUCCUUAUAUCUUUUACAUUUAGCCAUAUUUUUUGCUGAUAAAGCAACUUUUUAAAACAAGCUGUUUGACAGCAAAGCGAGGAAAAGUGCGGCCUUCUUAUAUUCUCACAUAUUUUUAUACUUUUAGUCUUGGAAAGACAAACGAUUUUGUAAUAAAAAGUUUAAAAGCUGCAGC